AUGUCCAAGAAGCAGAAGGGGGGGGCCAGAAGGACACAAGUUCCUGAGGUGGAUGAGGAGCACCUCCUUGACACCUGCCUGAGCCAUGUCCAGAAAGCUGGUGUCUCUGCCAGUUUUGCCUUAGGAGCCUACUUCCACACAGAAGCCAGCCAUGCUGUGAGAGGAAGUGCCCUGGCAGACCUUCAGCAUGUAGUAGAAGAUUUGCUGAAAGUGAGCUCCACACUGGAGUUCAAGUACUCAACCCUGAAGAGGGUGUUUGUUGAAGUGCUGAAGCAAUUCCCUGGCCUGAAGGACAGGUUCCCUGUCAGCCAACAAGGGAAUGCUGCCAAGGCAUUUGCAGAUGGCAUUUUGGUUGUCUGCAACCAUGCCAGGAGGAUUGGCAGAGAUGAGGGCAGACUGGCUGAGGCUUGCUCCAAACUCACAAGUUUCCAAGCUAAAAAGCUGGAAGAGAUAGCAGGGUUGCUGAAAAAAGAUGAGCAGCCUGCAAAAAGGUUUGGAGAAGAUAAGGAAGAAGCCACCCCAGUAAAGAAGAAGAAGAAGAAUGAAGAAGAGAAGAAGGGUGUAAGCCCUGGCACAGCAGCACUGUUGGAAGAGUUCCAGAUCCCUUCCACUCAAGAAGGGGAAUCAGAAGAUGAAGGCCUGCUGGCUUCUGCCAGGAAAAGCAAGCCAAUCCCUGUGAGGAAAGCUCUGCUGAAAGCUGAAGUAGCCAAGAAAAGGCCUGCUGCAUGCAAGAAACCAGCUGCUGCCUGCAAGAAACCAGCUGCUGCCAAGGCCCCUGGAACUGGCAAACUUGGCGAUGAGCAGUCAGUGACACAGCCUUUGAUCCUCAUGCCCUACAAGAAAGUGGGGAGCUGUGCUGUGAGGAUCAGAGGGGGCCAGCAGAUACUGCAAGUGAAGAGUCACAAGGGCUUGGAGCAGAGCAAGAAGAUUGCAGCAGAGCUGAAGAAGAUGUUGGAGGAUGGCAAGACUUUGGGUGAAGUGAAGGCCUGCAAGGCCCAAAGCUUGGCAAGUAGCAGCCAGCCCAAGGGAGUAGCUGAAGCCAUGGACCCUGCUGGGAAGGGCAAGAAGGGUGAGAAGGGCAACAAGGGAGGGUGGACAGAGAACUGGGCAGGAAAAGGAAUGCCUCCAGGAGUGAUGAAGCUGGACUUCGAGUCAACCCGCAUGUACCUGAUUCGAGUCAAGCAGCAGGUAGCAGAAGGAAUGGCAGACCAGGACUUCUACGAGGUGAUGGUGGAGAGGAUGCUUGAGGAGCCAUGGGAGGAGCCCCUGCCCCAGAAGGAGGAGGAGGAGGAGAAGCAUGGCCUAAUGCUCCCUGGAACAACCCAGCCCCACAUGGAGGAAAAGGGAAGAGUGAGGCUGCAAGUGGGGAUGGAGGAGGAAAAGGGAAGAGUGAUAUUGGAGGAUCUGGAGGAGGAAAAGGCAGUGAAGGAUCUGCAGCACCUGCAGCCCCACAUGCAGGAGGAGGAGGAGGAGGAAAAGGCAAGAGUGAAGGAGAUGGAUCUGCACCAGCUGGAGGAGGAGGAGGAAAAGGCAACAGUGAGGGAGAUGGAGCUGCACCACAUGAAGGAGGAGGAGGAAAAGGCAAGAGUGGGGGAGAUGGAGCUGCACCAGCUGCAGCCCCACAUGGAGGAGGAGGGGGAGGAGGAAAAGGCAAGAGUUGGGGAGAUGGAGCUGCACCAGCUGCAGCCCCACAUGGAGGAGGAGCUUCAUCUUCAGCAGGUGGUGGAGCAGGAGGAUGGGAUGGAAGCUGGGAUGGCUGGAGCGAUUGGGGCUGGCAAGGAGGAUGGGAAGGCUGGGAAGAUGGCAGCUGGCAUGGUGGAGCAGGUGGUGGAGCAGGAGGGGGAGUUUGGGAACACCAAGGGCAAGAUGUACCAUGGGCUCAGUUGGAGCCCCAGAGAUCUUGAGGACUGGGAAGGGGGCGACAGAGAAUUCUGGGAAGCCCUAGUCUUCAUGGAUCUGGACUAUGUGAUGAUCCACUGUGACUUUGGCAGCAUUUCAAUGCAGGGAUUGCCAGAGGAUCAGCUAUGUCACAAAGAAGAGCUGCCUGAGAUCUACUCACUGCCGAGGAUGUAUGAGAGCCUUGCUUGCAAUUAG